CGCUCCUUCUUUCUCCAACUCACCCGGCUAACCCUCAUGGCUCAUAGUCUUUGAAAUGCAGACGCCGCUUUUCUGAGUGAAACGCCCACCGUCUGUCUGUCUUCUUCCCCGCUUUCAUGUUCAGAGGACAAACACCCAGAACCUUGAAAAGAGAAAAAAAAUGAGUUUGAUAUCUCAGAAUCCAGUGUCUAGAAACAGAGUGAAGGCUAAAAGGGAUGAUGAGCCUUCAAUUCAUGAAGAUAACAAUGAUAUUGAUAAUGGGUUGGAAUCCGAUUCGGAAGUCUCUAGGUUGAUAAAGAGAAGGAAAGAAAAGGAAAAGCAGAUUGAGAUGGAGCAAAAGAAAGAAAUCAAAAAGCUUGAGAACUUUCUUUUUGGGUCCAUAUAUUCCCCUGUUGAAUUUGGUAAAGCAGGUGAGGAAGAUGCUCAAGAUGUUGCUCAAGAUGGUUCUACUUUGUUCUUUUUAGACCGAUCGGUGAAUAAUUUAGAAUUGCCUGGGGAAAGUGAUGAUGAAAAGAAGAACAAGGAAAGGAAAGCUGUUUGGGUGGAUGAGGAGGAGGAAAAAACAACAAUAAACAUAGCUAAGGUUAAUAGGUUGAGGAAGUUGAGGAAGGAAGAGGAUGAGAGUCUGAUUUCUGGUUCAGAGUAUAUUUCUAGAUUGCGGGCUCAGCACACUAAGCUGAACCCAGGGACAGAAUGGGCAGAGCUAGAUUCGAGGAUAAGGAGUGAUACUAUUUAUGAUGAUGAAUUAUCGGAUGAAGAAAAGGGUGUUGUAGCUGCUCAUGGUUAUAGAAAUGUCGAAGCUGAUGACAAUAUUCUGAGAACAAAUGAAGAUCUUGUGGUGAAGAGUAAUGUUAAAUUGUUGCCUGGGCUUCUUGAGUAUUCGAGACUAGUGGAUGCAAAUGCUGAGGAACCUUCCAGUGGUCCAAUAAAUUCUGUCCAGUUCCAUAGGAAUGCUCAGUUACUACUUGCUGCUGGACUGGAUAGGAGGGUCAGGUUUUUUCAGAUUGAUGGUAAACGGAAUACCAAAAUACAAAGCAUCUUUCUUGAAGAUUGUCCUGUUCGAAAGGCAUCUUUCUUACCUGAUGGUUCGCAGGUCAUUAUAGCAGGGAGGAGGAAGUUCUUCUACUGUUUUGAUUUAGUGAAAGCAAAAAUUGAUAAAAUAGGGCCAUUGGUUGGUAGGGAGGAAAAAAGCUUGGAAGUUUUUGAGGUUUCCCCAGAUUCUAGUACGAUUGCUUUUUUGGGAAAUGAAGGUUAUAUCUUGUUGGUUUCAACCAAAACAAAGGAACUGAUUGGAACACUUAAAAUGAAUGGAACUGUCCGUUCUCUAGCUUUUGCUGAUGAUGGGAAGCAAUUAUUGAGCUCUGGUGGGGAUGGACAGGUCUACCACUGGGACUUGAGAACAAGAACUUGCUUCCAUAAGGCUGUUGAUGAAGGCUGCAUCAAUGGUACAGCUCUUUGCACUUCACCAAACGGAAGAAUGUUUGCAGCUGGUUCAGACAGUGGGAUAGUGAACAUUUACAACAGGGACGAAUUCUUGGGAGGUAAAAGAAAACCAAUCAAGACUAUUGAGAAUCUAACCACCAAAGUGGAUUUUAUGAAGUUUAAUAGCGAUGCUCAAAUACUGGCUAUCUGUUCUACCAUGAAGAAAAACAGUUUGAAGCUGAUACAUGUCCCAUCGUUUACUGUAUACUCUAAUUGGCCUCCACUGAAUGUGAACUUACAUUAUCCCCGCUGCUUGGAUUUCAGUCCUGGUGGUGGUUUCGUGACUGUUGGAAAUGCUGCUGGCAAAGUGCUAUUGUACAAGUUGCAUCAUUACAGUCAUGCAUAGAAUAGAUGUCUACCUCUGUGCUUGUUUGAAGCAUCAUUUAUUUGUGUGUGGGAGGGGAUGUACUUCAGCUGCAAUCUAGUUUCACCGCUUGUCUGUCUCAUGCUGGUGAAGGCACCACAACCAUCAGCAGAUGAACAGUGCCUUAAAAAAAAUUUUCUUUCGUUUG